AUGCAACAUGAUGACCACCCUUAUCAGAAGGAGGUGAGCAUCAAUGGGCCAGGACAUGUUAGUAUCCAUCUCAACCACAUUUCCAAAGUGGUCAUGGGUGACGAGACCGCCAUGGUAGAGCUGACCUCGGGUGCCUUUGACGGACAACCUUCCACUGCGUACUUUACAACACUCAAGUCAGGUCAUUCCCCCGGUGGUCCGGAAUAUACACUUGAAUGGAGAAUUGGAGGCAUAUUCCGGUCAGAAUCAGACUACGUGCCAUCAACAUCAGUGUCCUCGGGCAUGGUGAAGCGAGCCCAUCCCGAAGGUAAGCAAAUCAACGCCAGUGACCGACGGGGCGAAAAGGAUGUUUGGGUCCGCUUCAAGAACGCACCAUAUCAUGCCGCCCUGAGUAUAACUGUCUAUUUUUAUAUAUGGGGGGAAGAUACGGGCUGCUAUAAAACCUUGACUCUGCAGCCCGGACAAGACGAGUCCGUGGAGCUCAACUAUAUUAGCAAGGUUGUCGUUGGGCAGAAGACUGCCGUGCUGGAGCUUUCCUCGAUCGCGUUUGAAGGGCAGCCGAAGGUGGCAUAUUUUGCUACUUUUGCUUUUAGUCGUGGAACAAACACAGAGACCAUGUAUAAUAUUGAAUGGAGCAGCGAUAACAAAUUCAGAAAAGGGUGGUAA